AGGGAAACAACUCUGGACAGUCUUGUAAACAUGUUGACAAGAUAGAAUCGCCACUGAGACUGGUUGAUUAAGAUGAGACUCGGGCUAGUAACUUCAGGCUUUUGUAUUGCUCGGCAGUGCUUGAGAAAAAAUGUUCCUUUACACCGAGUCUGCAAAAGGAAUGUCACAGGAGCUGGGUCCUCACUGGACUUCAAUGUGGACAGUAAAACAGGAGUAGCAGUUUUGUCGAUGAACAAACCACCAGUAAACAGUCUAAACUUAGAUUUUCUCACAGAACUCAACAUCACUCUGGAAAAAGUAGAAAAUGACAAGCAAUGUAGAGGACUCAUAAUCACAUCAAGUCUCCCUAAGAUAUUCAGUGCUGGUCUAGAUAUCACAGAGAUGUACCAACCUGACAUUGACAGGCUACAGGAAUUCUGGCGAACACUCCAGGACAUGUGGAUCAAACUCUAUGGAAUGAGUAAAGUUACCAUAGCUGCAAUUAAUGGACACAGCCCAGCAGGUGGUUGUCUAAUGUCUAUUAGUUGUGACUACAGAGUGAUGGCACCUAACUAUACCAUAGGAUUAAAUGAAACACAGCUGGGAAUUGUAGCACCAUUCUGGUUUGCUGAUGCUAUGUUCAACACAGUAGGAUUCAGACAAACAGAAAUGGCCCUUCAGCUGGGCACUCUGUUCAAGACAGAGGAGGCCUUAAAUAUCGGCCUCAUUGACAAGGUUGUUCCUCAAGACGAAGUUCUUAAUGCUGCCAAGCUAGAAAUGGAAAGAUGGUUAAAAAUUCCUGCUUUUGCCAGACAGUUAAGUAAAACCGAGGCCAGGCGACCAACGAUAGAAAAACUCCUCAAAAAGAAGGAGGAGGAUAUAGGUUAUUUCAGGGAUUACAUCACAAAGGACGCCAUUCAGAAAUCACUGGGAAUGUACCUGGAGAGUCUCAAGAACAGGCGAAAGUAACAGCAUUCCUUUCUGUGUUUCCACUGAUAUUCCCAAGGUUAAAACUUGUGAGAAUUCUAUUAUUUUAAUUGUUACCGGUACAUUAUAUCAAAUGAUUCAUUGCAUUUUAAAUAUUGAUUGAUCAGUUUUGAGUCUCUACAUACAUAAAAAUACUAUGUAUUUACUGUAUAUAUGCAUUACUUCAAUAUAAGAUGUUAUUAAAAUAAUGAUAUAUA